AUGUCUCUCAAUGACCGCGCCGCGUAUAUGAGCGCUCCACGACCCCGCGCCGUCUCCAAUCGCGUCGAUGCCGAAAUCCGCGGAGUGUCGCCAAUCCAAACCGAGAACAAGAACCCGUUGCGCAACAGCUCCUCGAGCCAAAAUCAUAGAGUAUCCCGAGAUCAGAAGAGCAUGUCGGAAAAGCGCUCGGAACGGGCUGUGAUCACAACACGAGAGAGAUCAGUGCGAAGGAGCCCGAUCAAGGAGUCCAUCAGCGCGCCGAACAGAAGCGAUUGGGAUAAGAAUCGACCUCGGAAAGCCUUUCAAUCCGAUGGAGCCAACAUUAACGCGCGAGACGGAGAGAAGAGUCCCGCCGUGCUACCAUGGAAUCCCCAAGCCUCGUUAAUACCUCAUUCAACAGCCCCCCUCGCAUGUCGAGUAUCAGUUCCUCCUCUUGCCUCGACCGCACCACAAACCCUUCAUCCUAAAUCACUUCGCGAACUGUCACCCGAUGCACAAGAAGCAGCGAUUCUCGAAGACCUAUUAUUUGUCUUCAUGGGAUUUGAAGGGCAAUAUGUUCAUUAUGUCAACUCAUACGAUCCAACAGUCGAGAAGGACCGCCUCACGGGCCCGGUAUUCCAAAUUGCGCCUGGUCUGGACCCAACCCUGCGAGAUCUUACCCAAUCCAUGUUGAAAAUGGCGACGCAUUAUAGCGCCAUGGAGGCCUUCGUUGAAAUACAAAGUCGCGCCGAGUGUGGCGCUGUUAGCCAUUCGCUCUGCGCUUCCAUUCGAAAGCUUCUCAAAGACUACUUGAUCCUCAUUGCCCAGUUGGAGGGUCAGCUGUUGAACAAUCCGACAUUCACGUUACACCUUCUUCAUCUUCACACUAUGCCAACUAGUCAAUGUUUGGCACAGCUAUAUUCCAUGGGCCAAGAAUUAUUGCUCAAAAACGGCCUUUUGGAUGAAGACAUUGAAGAGUCUAUUGAUGACUUCGACGAAGAUGUUGACAAUAUCCUUGAACAAUUGAAAGAAGGAGGAGAUCUGGUGCCAGGCUCUAUGUCUAGGAAGAAGAUGUGCAAAGGUGGAAAUAUCCUGGGAUUGUUAACGGGGCGCUUAGCUUCGUUCUCAGGAGAUCCAACCACAAAGAGCUUGCUACAGACUCUGCUGCGUGAUGCAAGUCGGCCAUAUAUGACUAUGUUGAACGAGUGGCUGCAUCAUGGUGGUAUUAGGGACCCCCACGCUGAAUUUCUGGUCAAGGAACAAAAAUGGAUCAGACGCGAGAAGCUUGAGGAAGACUACACGGAUGAAUAUUGGGAAAAGCGUUAUACUAUACGCGAGAACGAGGUCCCUCCCCAACUCAAAAGCGUCCAGGACAAGGUCCUUUUGGCAGGGAAGUACCUUAACGUUGUGCGCGAGUGCGGUGGUGUCGAUGUUAGCAAAGCUGUUAUGGAUGUCCCACAAACGCUCGACGACCCUCGCUUCUUGGACAACGUCAACUCAGCCUACACCUACGCCAAUGCGUCCUUGUUGAAUUUGCUUGUCACCAAAAAUUCCCUUACCACACGAUUCCGCUCCUUGAAACAUUACUUCUUCCUGGAUCGCUCUGACUUUUUCUCAUAUUUCCUCGAGCUUGGAGCCUCAGAACUCCGAAAGCCGGCCCGGGGUGUCAAUGAGGGCAAGCUCCAAUCACUAUUAGACAUUGUGCUCCGACAACCAGGAAGUGUUGCAGCAUUAGAUCCUUUCAAAGAAGAUGUCAAAGUUAGAAUGAACAAGAUUGGUCUUACAAAAUGGCUGAUGCAGGUUGUGAAUGUCUCAGGUGUCAACCAGGAUGGCGCAGAGGCGGACAAGCAAUCAAGCGCUCACCUAGCGGACGAGGACAAAGACAUUCUUGGAUUCGAUGCGCUCGAGCUUGACUAUCAAGUUCCGUUUCCAUUGUCACUGGUCAUCAGCCGCAAGACGGUCCUGCGAUACCAAUUGAUCUUCCGCCAUCUCCUGUCUCUGCGCCACCUUGAGACGUUGCUGGUCACGUCCUGGGCAGAUCAGAACAAGACAGUUAGCUGGCGACAUAAGUCUUCUGACCGCCGGCUCGAAAUCUGGAAACGCCGUGCGUGGAACCUGCGCGCGAAGAUGUUGGUUUUUGUACAGCAGUUGUUGUACUUUUGUACGGCCGAAGUUAUCGAGCCCAACUGGGUGGGUCUGAUGGACCGUGUUAAUCGCGUGGAUUCGGAUGCAUCCGAAGUGGAUGAAGGUGAUAUGAAGCAGGUCAACCGAACGGUUGAUGAGCUGAUGCAGGAUCAUGUGGAUUUCUUAGAUACAUGUCUGAAGGAAUGCAUGCUUACGCAGGCGAAGCUGUUGAAGGUUGGUCUUAUGUCAAUUGAAACCUAUGUGGCGAAACACGCACUAACGAUUCAUGCGCAGAUCCAUUCCAAGCUAAUCACUUGUUGUACGAUGUUCGCGUCCUGGACCGCAGCCUCACUUUCACGUGCCUUGGCAUCGGCUGAUCCUGACCUGGCCACAGGCAAAGUCCCCGGUGCUGACGCCAGAGGCUAUGACCCAACGCGGAUUGGAAAACUCGAAGAUACCCUCAAGCGAUACGAAGACCACUUCUCGCGCCACCUCCGCAUUUUGAUGGACAGCUUGAACUACUUUGCUGCCACAGAAAGUGUGGUGCUCCUGAAGCUCGCGCAUUCCCUCACCGCUAUCAGCAGAGAAGAAAGCAAGGAAGACUGA